AUGAGUGCCCUUGAAUCACCAAAUUAUUUGGGAAAAUCAGGUGCAAGAACGAUGUUCUCCAUUCAAACUAACAGCGGAAAAGACAUUCGUGCACAUUCAUAUUUUGAAAAUGAAGAUGAAAUUCUUCUUCCUCCAGGUGUUUAUCUUAAAGUGAUUGAUUGCUUGAAUCCAGCUGAAGGUUUACACAUUAUCCACCUUCGUGAGAUUGCGCCACCAUAUCAAAUGGUUGCUGAACCUUUUGAUCUUACUCAGUUAAAGGAAACUUUACCACAAUCAAAACCAAUCUUAAACAAAAAGCAAGAGAAUUAUCCAUUAUCCGAUGUUACACCAAAACCAUUUGUACAAGCAAUCUCGGAAAAUGGCAAGUUACCUCUAUUUUUUUUGAAGAUAUGA